AUCAUUCGUAUUGCUACAACAGUACUUAUAAGGCUGAAGUUGUCUGUCCCUUGAACAAUUUAUGAUCAAAUCAUUAUUCCAGCUCAGUCUCAUUGCUAUUGUGCCGGGCCUCAGUCAACCUAUAAAAAAAGACAAGCCAGAUCCAUCCCUGGCAGUUUUAUUUUUGGAAUAUCACAUAUUUAAUUUGCUCAACAUCGUGUCCAGAGGCGAGUAGGAGCCAACAUAUUAGCACACUGAGCUGUGUUUGACUACCACGCUUGCCUUUCUUGGACAGCACAAUGCAUAAGCGCCUGAGGUCUUGUAUUCCUGAAUGCAAAACCCGAACCAUCACCUCGAACAAUAAUGAAAGGCGACUUGUCUCAGCAUUUAGUCUUGGCCACUCUUUCAUAUCGUGGCAGUGGCAUUGCAUGGGCAUCCGGGCAGUCGAGAUAUCUUUUGAUACCCUGGUCACCUACGCCGGGACCCAACAGAAUUAGAGCUCACUCGAAUCGAAACUAACUACCCGACUCGGAGUCGACCUUUUUACUGUACUAUUUUCCUGCGACGAACCCUUCACGUCGUGUUUUAGCAUACUUGGCUCCACCAUUAUCUUUCACCUGAACCCAGCUUUGACGACUGUUGCUAUCUUUUGUCGCUGGGUCAUACCUCAGAAAUUGCACAAGGGUCCAUUCCGUUGCAACGACGACACAUAAAACCGCACGUUCAUAACUUCACCAUGGUGCUCUUUCCUCGAUUCUGGCGCGGACUUCCCUAUCCACCCGAGUACCUCGCAGAGGUCUACCGGGAAAUAGAUAUGGUGGAGGAUCCAAGUCUGUAUAAGGCCCAUGAUAUGCCUGUUACACUGCCCCAGGCAUUAUCUGCACCGACCCCCCGACAAAACCCACCAGCAUCUGUCGAUAAAUUCUACCGUCCUUCUGAACCGAUCCUGGUUCGUUCUCCUUUUGGUCUUGCAGCUAAGGGCGCAAAGGGUUACGAGGACAAGUUGGUCAAAGGCUUGAUCAAGCAGCAAUUUCAGGACAAGACAGACAUUGACUAUGACGUUAUCGACUUCAUACAGCAUGUGUGGAAGUUCAAGCCUGGAGACAUCCCAUAUUCUAGCUAUGAACUGGACAGGGCGAAUUGUCAUUCAUACGCUAAGCUAGAAUAUGAGCGUAUCGACGGAAUCUCUUACCAGGAGAUCACGGGAGAACGGGCGUGCUGCAGUGCUUUCGAGAACAUCAUUCGCGGUGUCUGUCAUGAGCUCACUCCAGCUAUACCUUUCGAUGAACGAGAAUUUCCUCUCGUCUUCAGUUUCCUGCAUGACAGGACUCCAAAAGGUGACUACGCGAAGUUCAAGCCUGACUUUGGAUAUGCACCGGCUGUGGAGUUGAACGAACAUACGUGGGCGCAUUGGGGAGCAUAUGGAGAAUUGAAGAAGAAGCGUGCGACGCCGAAUAUUGGUCCGACUACUCGGAUCGUCAUCACGAAGACUAGAAUUGAGAGGCUUGUGAAGGAGUGGGAAUUGCGACAACAACCUGGCAAGGGCAAGGAGAAAGGUUCAUUGUCUUCCUCGUCCACAUCAAAUCACGCAACUCCGUCCUCUGUGACUUCACCAACCACACAGUCACGGAAGCGAAAGGCAAAAGGACCAGCUGAACCUUGUGUCUCGAAGCGAACGAAGACUUCACACGGGACGCGGAAGACUGUAGAUCUGACAGGAAACGAGGUCCAGUCUGCCAAAUACGCGAAUGAGCUCUUGUCCCAUGGCAUCCGUAACUACGCUACUGGCUUCCUUGUGGAAGAGACGAGUAUGUCGCUGUGGUAUGUUGACCGGAUGGGACUUGUAAAGUCACGAUCAUUCGACAUAUUCCGCAACCCGCAGCUGUUCCUCCUUGUCAUUGCUGCUCUACAUUUCGCCAAUCGAGCUCAGCUGGGGAUGAACCCACUGAUCGAGUUCCCUGCCAACGUUUUCCAAAGCUACGAUAGCGCAGUCUUGAGACUGCCUCGUGCUGUCGACCAUACGAAGGAGCCUGUGGAAGAACUGUCAUUCGGUCUGCGUAUCACGAAAGCGAAGCCGCUUGUCGUCGCGUAUGGCGCUCUCGGACGGGGUACUACGAUCGUUCCUAUUAAGGCUCAAGGUCGAGCAAAGGAGUUGUUUGGGAGUGAGAAUCUGGUUGCGAAGAUGUCGUGGCAGCCUAUCAAUCGCGAGGAUACGGAGGAUCAGUUGAUUCGAGUGAUUCGACGAAAGUUGGGGAAACGCAAGAAGACACGUCGUUACUUGAAGCAUAUCGUCGACCUCAAAUGUUCGCUGGACCUGACGGAUGCGGAGCUGAACCUUCCCCGGGCGUCGAUGAUGUUACCUGAAGCAUAUGAGCCUCGCCUGUUCCGUGUGCUGAUCCUGAGGGAGUAUCUUCCUCUUGAAUAUGUACGGAGUCUGGAUGACUUUCAGCGUGUUUUCAUCGAUGCAGUGAAAGGUGAGAGUUUAAUAUUCCCUCCGUGUUUAUUUGCUUAUAACAUCUUUGCCAUAGCACACCACAAGGUCUACGAAAUUGUGGGUGUCCUUCAUUGUGAUAUCAGUGCAGGGAACGUCGUAUUCUAUCGCGAUGACGUUGGUCAUGCGAUCGGCGUGCUGGCGGACUGGGACCUUGCGGCCUACAAACUGGAUCUUGACGAUGUUGAGAAAUGGAUGCGGCUCGUUGAAGCCCACUAUAUGAGACGGGCCUCUGAAAACUCGGAAUCUCAAGACACCGACCUUCCCGAGGGAGACCCACCUCCCUCGAAUAAUCCUGCGAAGAAAGGGCCGAGGUACAGAACUGGGACGGGUCCAUUCAUGGCGUUGGACCUUCUGGAUGGUCUUCCCAUCUUUCAUGGAUAUCGCCACGACCUUGAGUCCUUCUUCUACCUGCUGUGUUAUUUCUGCGGGACGUUCAACCCUCCAAAGCCUUCGGAGUCUAAAGGCACCUUCCGAUUUCUUGCUGGAUGGGAAAACGGGAAUCUUUCGGCGGUUGCGAAGGCGAAAAUGAACUUCCUGUUGAAAAGGAAAGACAAUCCGGAAGACGAGUUGAACAUGUUUGAUUCCCUCUUCAAGGAUACACAUGACGUCUAUCGUCCGCUGGUGAUCAAAUGGAUCCAGCCUCUUUACAAGCUAUUCAAAAUUGUGCCCAAGGUUUCUACAGAUGUUUCACUAACUAUUGUGUCAAUUCUGGAGGAAAGAGAGGCGGGCAGUGUCAGGAAGGAGAGGCAGCUAGCGAAGAAGUUGAAGAAGCAGUGUGAAGAUGCAGAUAAAUACUUGACCUAUGAGAAAUUCAUCGAGGUGUUGUUGUGAGGGAGUGGCCGGAAGUGUAUACUAUCCGAUCUUUUGUAUCGAUAUCACAAGUCCUGUAGAAUAUAUGUAUGGUUGUCGCUUUCUUUAAGGUUGUUGUUAAGUACAGAGUAAGCGCC